AUGGCCGUGAAGGAGGCACUGAGCCCGCCGGAAGAGACCUCCGACCCGGCGGAGACUGGCUCCGACCACUCGCCGCCGCCUGGCUAUGACUCGGGCGACGAACAGUCCACCAUCGGCAGUCUGCACAACCCGCGCCUGCGGCUGCAACUGCGCCAGAUUCGCCGCCAGGUGAGCCGGCGACGAUCGGUGGGCGACGGCCGGCCGCCGCGCUCCGGCUCCCUCAGCGAGCUGUUCGGUCGUCAUGCCGCCGCCGCCCCCGCCGCCCCCGCCCCCGCCCCCGCCGAACAGCCGGAGGACGAGGUGGUCAUCGACGGAGGCUACGGCUGGGUGGUGGCCUUCGGAGCCUUCCUGGCCAACUUCUGUAUCGCCGGCACGGUCAAGUCGUACGGCCUGCUGAACCUGAUGGUGAUCGAGACGUUCGGAGUCAGCGCAGCCGAGGCGGCCGUGGUGCCCAGCCUGCUCCUCACCAUCGGCCUGCUCAUCUCGCCGGUGGUGGGAGCGCUGUGUGAGCGCUUCACCUGCAGGAAGGUGGUCACUGCCGGCGGCAUCUUCUGCUUCCUGGGCUUCGCGCUGGGCUCCCUGUCCACCAACAUCACCCACCUCUGCCUGACGGUCGGCGUGCUCGGAGGGAUCGGUACCGGCUGCGCCACCACUCCGGGCAUCCUGAUCACGACCCGCUACUUCCCGACGCGCCGCUCCAUGGUGAACGGCCUGGUGCUGGCCGGGAACGCGGCCGGCGGGUUCGCGCUGCCGCCGCUCUACCAGCUGCUGCUGGCAGAGUUCGGCCUGCGCGGCACCCUGCUCGUGAUCGGAGCACUCUGUCUGCACGUGGUGGCCGGCGCCGCGCUCGCCCGGCCCAUCGCCGUCCACGAGACCGUGCUGCGCCGGCGCCGACAGCGGCAGCGGCGGCAGCGCGACGUUGUCGAUGAGGCUGCCGUGGCGCCGCGACGGACUCCCAGCUACACGAGUCUGGACACGGGGCUGGAGACUGCGGAGUACCGCGAGAAACACUCGCCCAGUCAGGUGAGCCUGUCUUCGCGACUGGACAUCACGGACGAGUGCUUCGUGAAGCGGCUCAGCCACUCGAGUCUGGCCUCACGACCGGCGCCCAGCGAAGAGCGCUUCUUGCAGCAGUGCCACGCCAGCCUAGCGUCGCGCUGUGACUCCCACGACGGCCACCUGACCAAGCGGCCGCUGAGUCUGGCCAGCCUGGCUGAGCGUCUCAGCUUCACCAGCGCCCCGGCGAGCGACCAGCGGCGCGACAGCCUGGUGCCGCGGCAGGCCGAGGCCCCCACUCACCUGGUGCGGGUGGUGCGGCCCGGUCCGGACGGCCACCCGACACCACUGCUGGUGCAGGUGCCGGCGCGGCUGCGCACCAGCAGCCUGCUCCUCUCCACCACGGACGUCACCACGGACGCCACGUCACAGUUCAACGACGACCUGCGCCGACUGCGCGAGGCGGAGACGUCGUGCGCGCCGCACUUGUACCGUCGCGUGCGGCGCUACCUGGACCUGGACCUGCUGCACAACGCUCUGUUCCUGGCCGUGGCCGCGUCCGUGUUCUUCAUGGCAGCAGGAGCGCCGUACGCGCUGAUGCAGCUGCCCGUGUUCGGUGUGUCCCGGGGUCUGAGUCGGGCCCAGACGGCAGAGAUCCUCAGCCUGGUCUCGGCCGUGGACCUCGUCAGUCGGCUCUGCUUCGGCUGGCUGUUCGACCAGGGCCUGUUCCGCCGGCAACACGCAUUCGCCGCCAGUCAGCUGCUGGGCGGUGUGUCGGUGCUGCUGCUGCCGCUGGUGUCCAGCUACGGCGCCAUCCUGUCGCUGUUUGUCGUAUACUCGGUGGGCAUCGGCACUUGGUUCGUCAACCUGGCGCCCGUGCUCGCCGACCACCACGGUAUUGACAAGAUCGCCUCUUCGUACGGCCUGGUGCGCAUGUUCCACGGCCUCUCCACACUGGCCAUGCCGCCGCUCUUCGGCGUGCUGGUGGACCGUACCGGAGACUACGGCACCCAGUUCUACGGUAUCGGCUCGUGUAUGGUGGUGGCCGGCCUGCUGGUGGUGGGCGUCUCCGUGACGUCACUGGACCAAAAAUACGGCGUGCGGCAGGAGGCCGAGACCAGCGAACAGCCGGAGGUCACAGCAGACCAGCGGGACGCCGUGUCGGAACAGCACGACCACGAGGAUGUGGCCAAUCAGCCAAUAGCCGAGGAGGAGGAGUGAUGUCGUCAAUAGGCAAUAGCCGAGGAGUGACGUCAUCAGUUAGUCAAUGGCUAAGGAGGAGUGGUGACGACACCAGCUAGCCAAUAGCCGACGAGGAUGAGUGAUUUGUCAACCAACGGUCGAGGUGUGAUGUCCUCCGACGCUUUGAAAACGGACAGAAGGUGGAGCGGUUUCCCUCGAACGCCACAGAGCUGACCAGUCGAGAUUAGAUCGCGCUGCUAAUUGUGACGCCGAUUGUCGUCCUGGAAUUUAUUGACAUUGCUGUAUUGUUGUAAUCAAAACUGUUUGAACGAUCUGCUAGUCGUUCUAUAAAAAGAAUUAAACGUCGAAAUAUGUGUACCUAAUCUAGUCAGUGAGUUAAAUAACCAAUAUUUAGCCAUUUCUCUGAAAUGCUUACUUGUUAGAAGCGAUUGCUAUAUUUUGGAUGUGAAUACGUUAGGUAUAAAUUGAAUAAUACCACACAAAUAACUCAUGCCCCAAGUCCCGUUCAGUGUUCACGUUGGGAAAUAUGUAUUGUCCAAAAAUAUGAAUUGGAUUUGGCGAAAUAUUAUCUUGAAAUCACUCCUAAAUGAAAGCAAAUCAUUCUUUAGAGUUUAGACGUUCCCUUUACCCACUCUACUUAAAUAUUCUCCCCAUGACUGUUUAGUUGCUAUAAGAGAAACUUGGCUAAUCACUCGCCAACGCAGUGAUAAUCUCCUCAAAGUAGCAUAUUUUUCUCACUCAGGGCAAAACAUGGAGCACAUCGUAUACCCGAUUGUUUGUGUGUAACUUCACAAUCACAUAUCUAUCUUACAUGAAUUCAGUGCUCAUGGUCAUAUACAUACUCUGUCUUUUUCACAUUUGGUGCGAGACGUACAUGGCGUUGACUUCGUCAACUGACCAAGUCCCCGUGUAGAUGCAUGAGCACUGAUAAGCUAUGUUGAUGCACUCGUUAUUUACUGCUUAUAUCUUGUGGAUUUCCGGUUUGGUAUGACUCAAUCGGUUGAUCAAUUUGAUACAGUCAAGACAAGGUGCAGUGCAAUGUCAGUCAGCUGAUCAAACACCGGUGCAAUGGUGCAACUUCAAGGACAGCUAUCGGGCCAGCUGCGUUUUUAAUUGUUACAUCACUGAUCUAAUCGGUUAGGCAAUAGGUACUCAUCUGAUGCAGCUCGGCAGCGUUUGGCCGUGCCUGCUGUUCCUGUGAUUGUGUCCCCCCGCAGAGGAGCGUGUCCUGGUUGAAGUCAUGGCGAUAACGCAAUUUAUAGUGGCUUCCGUGCCACUAGUAGAACCAACUGCUGUUUGGCAUCAACAUAUUCACUGAAUGUGAUCGUGGGCCUUCACUGAUACACGGUUCAGGGUUUUGUACGGUGACUCAUCGCCUUGCAAAGGGUGAAUUCGUAUAUUUUUGACCCACCGGUCACUGGGACAUUGUGCUGUGUCUUGUUGCCAUGAUUACACACAGAGAGAUGCGCGUGCAUUUGUAAAGCACACUGCACAGUGCACAGCUUAGACACGCAUACAUGCACAACAGGCAGCAGCACACAAAACGCACACAGCUAUAGCCCACGCAUCCCUUGACCAAUGACGACAUUCACAGAGCGGGCUCGCUUUGCACGGGUGACUUUAUGGCCCCGCUUAACCCUAUUCCUGGCGGGCUCCGCCGGGACAAGAAACUGGCGGGGGGGCCGAUUCGGCCCCCCCCUGAGAUCUCGAGAACGAAGCAAGAUAGCGACAAGCGGUAAACGGCAUCGGAUACGCACGGCCAAGAUCUACAAUUUUUACUAAGGUCAUUUUCAGGUCAGGUCAAAGAUGACGUCACAGGGGUCGAAAAAGUCAAAAUGGCGGCACUAGAUAUGGAGAGAGUUUUUCUCGAAUAACUUUCGAAUUAGUCAAGAUAGGAACAAACUAAGGGCAUCAUCGUGAUCCUCUCGUCAAUCCGCAUCGAAUGAUAUAUAUGUUGACCUCGAAAGGUCAAGGUCAAAGGUUGACCUCAGGUCACGUGACCUCGAGGUCAUCAUGUAUAUCAUUCGAUGCGUCUUGACGAGCUGAACACAAUGAGACCAUCCACGCGUCUGUAUCUUGUUCCUGUACGGAGUUAUUGGCCAAAAACCUUUGGUGACCUUUGAUGACGUCACAUGACCUCACAGCUGCCCAACAUCAAAACAGACCUCAAGGUAGUGAAGGUUGAUCGUAUAUGAAGUCAUGUAUUGUAUAUGGGGCCAUUCCGACCCGUUUUAGUGGUAAAAACAGGGAGUUGAUUUUUCCCCCAUUGACUUAUAAUGGGGGAGGUCGCGAAAUUGACCUGACCUUAGGUCACCGAUAUCAAAAUUACGAGAUAUACAAAUUGCACAUACUGGUACCCUAACUAAACCCUGAAGAGAAGAAAUUGAUCGGUCAAAAACUCUAGCUCUGGCGUGAUUGCAAACUUUUCUGAGGUAGCGUCACCAAACCGCCUCUGGUGACCUGACCUGAGGUCAGAUCAACUCAAAAUUUUCAGACAUGUUGCGUAGAAGCCUUUUAGGAAAAGUCAGAAAAUUUGAGCUUCCUAGCUCAACGCGUUUGGGAGAUAUAACCAAAAAACCUCAGGGGGGGGCUCCUGAGGCCCCCCCCCCCGCCAGGAAUAGGGUUAAUCUCAUCUACUGCUUGCAUGCUUACCUACUUGCUGAUAGACCAUAUGCCAAGUUCCGGCUAGGAGCCAUGCUGUUAUGUGACGUUGCUAUGUAAUAGCUGGAGAACUGAACAAAAUCGCCAGAAUGUAGUGAUGCUAUUGCUAUCAAGUCGAAACUUAGAAGCCCUUUGCCGAUGCUAGGCAACACCUAUACAAUAUACAUGCGACACUAGAUAUAUCAGUGAAUAGAAUACUGCAUAGCCGAUGUUCAUAACGUGAUACUGUUUAGUAUGUAUAAUACAUGUCCAAUGAUCAUUUAUAAGCUGCAUUUUCAAGCAACCUCAUUUACUAUAUAAACCUUGAUCAAAUCAGAUGGUACAGAGACACAUUCGCUUGUCCCGUUGAUGACGCCAUUGUUCACUGCAAUAAUUGUUACUCCCCAUAUACCCCUAAGCGGUGAUCGUUUUGUCACUGCCACCCAGCAUAUGAGACAGUGUUGGACGAUUGCUGUAUCCGCUUCGUAUUGAUUGAACAUUUAUGUAGGUACAGUUGUUCACUGCUCUAAGCGAGGCGUGUAACUGAUGUAGGCGUAUUAGAUCGAUGAUACUGUAUGUGUAUUUGUGCGUGACGUGUGUGCAUUUGUGAAACAUGUACCGCUGUACGAGUGACAGUCGACAUUUGCUGUUCAGCAUUUAUGUACCUUUUUUGUUACAUUGUUAGGUACAAUUUGUUGGAAAGAGCAACUUGAAGCUGUCACUUACCAUGUAGAACAUGCCGAACUUGGUUGUCCCACGGUGUGAGUAUUAUCGGUAGGUAGCAAUGAAUGUACUAUAAAGUAUGUUUCAAAUGUAAUCUGAUUGAUAGCCACAAUACACGAUUUCG